GAGUUUCAUUGAUUAUACCAAUUAUUGUUUACUCUGAGUAGUUAAUAAUUGCAUUAAGUAAACAGAGUAAAGGUUGUUUUCUGAUACAACUAAGGGCCAUGGGCUUUAUAGUUCAGGUCAGUUUGUGAAAAGUGAAGGCAGCUGUCUGGACAGGGCCUGAGUUAAUAAAUUAGCUCAACGAAAAGGAAUCAUGGAGAGGAACAUCAUAUAUUUGUGGAUUUGUGCUUUGGUAAUAGUUCAUCCGAUCGUCCAUGGAAACCAAGAGACUUCAGAAAGUCCUCUCAGUGAAAAACUUCCAUCAUUGUUAAAGAUGAACAAUGAUUUGGCUUUUGAUCUGUACAAGAGGCUUGUGGAAUUGCCCGAGUAUAAGUCCAAAAACAUCUUCUUCUCUCCAUUCAGCAUAGCCAUGGCCAUUUCUGAGCUGACUUUGGGUGCAGGUGGUGAUACCAAAAAUCAGAUUCUCAAUGGGAUUGGCCAUAACAGCACUUUCUUCAGUAAUAAGGAAAUGCACGAGUUGUUCCACAGUCUUUUGGAGGAAAUCGAUGAGAGGAAAGGGGUGGACAUCGAUGUGGGUACUGCUGUUUAUGCGAGCGAAGGAUUAAAGGUGAUUCCCGAGUUUUUCGAGAAGAUGAAGGACUUUUAUCACUCGGAUGGUUUUUCGGUGAAUUUCGGCGACAAGUCAACUGUCGAUAAAAUCAACACGUAUGUGAAGGAAAAAACGCAUGGCAAAAUAGAUAAAACUGUUGAAGAGCUGGAUACUAAUACUGUGAUGUUCCUUCUCACUUACAUCUAUUUUAAAGGAAAAUGGGACAUGCCAUUUAACCCAAGCAAGACCAGUGAGGGCAAAUUCCAUUUAGAUGACACCACCAGCGUUCCAGUUCAAAUGAUGCACCAAAGCGAUUUCCUCAAAUUUCAUUAUGACAUGGAUCUUUCUACCAAAGUCCUCUGUCUUGACUACAAUGACUCCUUCGCCAUGUUUUUGGCUGUCCCAGAUCAUGUUAAAAAUAAGACCAUCACUGAUCUGGAGAAUGCUGCCUCUACACAACAAAUCGAAAAAUGGAGGAAAUCAUUUUUCAAAAGAAAAAUUGACAUCUAUGUCCCAAAGUUGUCCCUCAAAUCAUCAUAUACUCUGAAUGAUGUUUUGAAGCAAAUGGGAAUGACUGAUAUGUUUUCAGGCAAAGCUGACUUCUCAGGAAUUUCAGAGGACAGGAUGAUGAUUUCAGAGGUUAUGCAUAAAGCCUCUCUGGAUAUGGAUGAAGAAGGAACAACAGCAGCAGCAGUGACAACAGUUGAAUUCAGCAGAAUGUCUCUUCCAGCGCAGGAUGUGAGAUUCGACCGUCCCUUCAUGGUUUUCAUCGUUGACCAAAAGAACGACAACAUCCUCUUUUUUGGAAAGGUUGUCAAUCCAACAGAUUAGAGUCAGCAAAUAUGUUAAAGGUCCACCUUUCUGAUGAGUUUAGAUCCAGCCCAAUCAGUGAAUCAAGCUCUUUGAAUUCAGUUGAAGAUUACGGCCAGGUGUGUUGGAGUAGGGUCUGACUACACCUUUGUAGAAAAGUGGACCACCAGGCUAAAUGAAUGAUCUGGAGAUUUAGUUGCAAGAUCUGAUAUCUGGAUUAGUUAGCGUAUACUUUUCUGGUGAUUAUUAUAUGUAGCGUAUUUGAAACGAUAUGUCGAAAAAAUAUUAAAAACUUUACACCACUGCUUAAA